CGAACUCAACCUAAAUUUAAUCAAAAUUGGAAGUAUCAUAAUAAUAUAUUUAAAAAAGAAACAUAUUAGAAAAAAAAAAAAGGGAAAUUGGAACGGUCGUAAAAAACCUAGUAAAAUCUCUUUACAAAUAUAUAUAACUGUUUAAUAAGGGAAAUAUCUCUUUUGAUUGAGAAAUAAGGGAAACAAUAAAAAAGCAGUCUUUUACAUAUAUAUGGGUAUUAAUAAGAGAAGAGCAGAGGAGGAGAAAGGAGGAGGCUAUGGCGGCGAUGAUGCUUAUUCCAGAUGAUGUACUCUCUCAAAUAUUCAUCCGAAUCCAUGAUUGCCGAUCUUUACUCCGAUGUACCGCCGUUUGCAAGGCCUGGUUUUCUAUCAUCAAUUCAGACCACUUUCGCCACCAAAAACAGAAACGAUUAUCAAACAAUCUUCAACAAUCACAACCAUUUACCCUUUUAUUUAGACAUGGUCGCGUUGACAAACUAACAAAACCCUUUCCCUACCAAUAUUUCUCAAAAGAAUCACAGACUCUACAUCAGAAGAACACAAACAACACCAACAUCAUACAUUCUCAGGAUGAUUAUUACCUCAAUUUCUUGCCUUGGCCGGAGUUUCGUUUGCUUUCGGUUACCAACGACUUGCUUCUGCUUUCACGCGAAAUGGGAAAGGAUUUCAUGAUCUGCAAUCCCUUCACCAAACAAUGGAUUGUGAUUCCCAAGACUCCUAUCGACUUAACUGAAGUAUUCGAUUAUAGCGGACACGGUGGGUUGAUUUGCGAAAACAAGGAUGAUAAAUUAUUCAGGUACAGAAUCAUGUUAGUAUGGAGGAAAGUUUAUGGUGAAUCUUACUUAUCUGAUUUUGGUCAAAUAACCUUUUCUUCCGAAACUGGACAAUGGAGUUCAGUAAAGAACAUAACUUUACCUCACGAUUUAAGCGAUGAACCUCCUAUUGUUUGCAAUGGAAUGCUACACUGGCUAUCUUUGAAUUAUGAUACUGCAAUUGCUCAUGGCAUUAUUGCCUUGGAUCCCUUUCAUGAAGAUCCAAAUUAUUACAAUUAUAUUCAAUUUCCCUUAGCCUUUCCCCAAGAUGAGAGGCAAAAGCGUUGGGUUAACAUCCGUCUUGGACUGGUCCAGGGUCGUUUAAGGAUUUCACUUGUUACCUUCUUGACUAGAAGGAAAAGGAUCUUCUCUGUCAAAGUAUGGGAAUUGAAUUAUGAUAAUAACAAUGGUGAUGAUGGGAAGACCACCUCAUGGAGUUUGGUGCAUGAUUUUGAGAAGAGAGGAAUUCCUUUUAAGUACAAGUAUGUGGUUGUGAUGGCUUUCCAUCCCACCAAUGAUAAUGUUUUGUUCAUUCUAUUUGAUAAUAUUCAUGUUUACCAAUAUGAGAUUAGGGAAGAGAAGAUGGAAAAGAUUUAUCAAUUUCCAGAUCCUGGUUAUCUACAAUUUGGAAUACGCGUACAGAACUUCCCUUUUGUCUAUCCAUUUUGGCCUACUAAAAUUCCUACCUUUCCCUCUCUCACUGUCUCAGCUCUUCAUGUUUGAGACUUAUGUUAAUAUUAGUAAUAUAUAUAUAUAUAUAUAUGAAUGGUUGUUUUAUGGUUAGUUUAAUUUAAAUUUAUGGUUUAUGCUUAUCUUGGUUGGUCUA